AUGUCUCCAAACGAUAACAAUGAGAAAACACAACGACCUAAGCCUCCAUCGCCUCUUCAAUCCCCACCGUCCCCCGUUCUAGAGCCGCCAUACAGCAUCUUCGACAAAAGACAAAAGCCUUUCAUAGUAUUCAUUGUCUCUAUUGCUGCGACUUUCUCCGGAUUCGCAUCCAACAUCUACUUCCCCGCUCUGCCUACAAUCGCCAAAGACCUCAACAUCUCAUACGAGCUCGUCAACCUAACAGUGACCUCUUACCUAGUCUUCCAAGGGAUAGCUCCGAGCUUCUGGGGUCCUAUUUCUGACGUAAAGGGCCGGCGGAUAGCAUACGUCUGCACAUUCGUCGUGUUCCUCGGCGCAUGUAUCGGUCUAGCAGAAACAAAGAACUACACGACCCUCGUCGUGCUCCGAUGUCUCCAAAGUACCGGCAGCGCGAGCACUAUUGCCAUCGGAUCUGGAGUCAUUGGCGAUAUUACCACCCGUGCUGAGCGCGGUGGGUUUAUGGGCAUUUUCCAGGCUGGAUUGCUGGUCCCUGUUGCUAUUGGGCCCGUUAUUGGGGGUGCUAUUGCUGGGUCGUUGGGGUGGAAGGCUAUUUUCUGGUUUUUGGCUAUAUACAGUGGUGUCUUUCUCGUUUCUCUGAUCAUUUUGCUCCCUGAGACGCUUCGGUCAGUGGUCGACAACGGAAGCCGGACGCCUUCCAACGCGUUGACACGAUAUCCUUUGAAAGUCUACCAGAGGCUCACCAAAAUCAAAUGGGACACAGGUACAGCACCUCCCCAGCUCACAGCACGAAAAAAAAUCGAUGUAUUCGGACCAUUCCGCAUUCUCACCAGCAAGUUCGCAGCGCCGAUUAUCAUCUUUCUCGCUGUCUACUACGCAGUCUGGCAAAUGAGCAUCACAGCCAUGUCCUCGCUCUUCAAAGACCGCUACGGCCUGAGCGAGAUCCAAAUCGGGUUAACAUUCAUAGCCAACGGCGCGGGCUCCAUGAUCGGCACUUUGAUCACGGGCAAGAUACUCGACCUGGACUACCGGCGCGUCAAAGCCAAAUACGAGCCUCCUGCUGCAGAUGCAGAUGCUGAAAAUUGCGUCCCAGACAGCAGCAACCAGGAUGACAGCAACUUCCCCAUCGAAAAAGCGCGUCUCCGCCUCGUUCCCCUAUUUUCACUCUUACAAUGCCUCUCCAUCAUCCUUUUCGGCUGGACGAUCCAAUAUCCGCAUCGCGUGCCCAUUGCCGUCCCGAUCGUGUCCACCUUCAUCACAGGAUGGACCGCUGUCUCUACUCAAUCCGUCAUCAUGACCUAUCUCGUUGAUAUCUUUCCUGACAAAAGUGCAGCAGCCAGUGCGAGCCUCAAUCUAGCACGAUGUCUCUUUGCUGCUGGAGGAACUAGUUUUAUUAUGCCGAUGGUGAAUGGAGUGGGUGUUGGCGUGGCCUUUACGAUAUGUGUUGCAGUGCAGCUUGUUGCGCUGGUUGCGCCAUUUGUGCAAUGGAAAUUUGCAGGAGGAUGGAGAAGAGAGGCAGAAAGACACAAGGCGCACAACGCGGCCAGGGCUCCGGAGGAAAAAGCUUGA